AUGGCUGAUGUAAGGGAUAUAUUAGAUUUGGAAAGAUCAGGAACUCCUGAAUUAACUAAAGAAUCUAUAUUAGGAAACACAGAUAAAAAUAAAAAAAGAUCUUUGGUUAAUAAUAAGCAAAUAAAGAGACCCGAAGGAAUGCAUCGAGAAGUUUUUGCUCUUUUAUAUAAUGAUAAUAAAGAUGCACCUCCGCUAUUUCCCACUGACACCGGUCAGGGAUAUAAACAAAUGAAAGCCAAAUUAGAUGAAGGGAAAGAAUAUCCAUUCGCUAGGUUUAAUAAAAAGGUCGAUGUUCCAGCAUUUCAAGAAAAUGAAUACAUUCCAGCGGAAGGCUGGAGUAGGCAGGAAACAGAUCACCUCUUUGAUUUGUGUCGUAGAUUUGAUUUACGAUUUAAUGUUAUAUGUGAUAGGUGGGACAGAAAUUUAUUUCCGAAUAGAUCUAUUGAAGAUUUAAAAGAAAGAUAUUAUGGAUUUUGUUCUGCCUUAAGCAAAUUAAAAGGUGGAAAUGAUCCUGCUAAAACAUAUGUUUUUGAUGCUGAUCAUGAAAGAAGACGAAAAGAACAAUUAAAAAGGCUCUUUGAAAGAACUCCCGAACAGAUUGAAGAAGAGCAAAUGUUAUUGAAUGAGUUAAGAAAAAUAGAUGCUCGAAAAAGAGAAAGAGAAAAGAAAACUCAAGAUUUACAAAAGCUGAUUACAGCAGCAGAUAAUCAAGCCGAGGCAAGAUCAGGUGAAAAAAAAGUACAGAAGAAAAAAGUCCAACAAGCCAGACCAGCCAAAGUUGAUACAACUGUAAUUUAUUAUAAUUAUAUACCAGCUGGCAUAAAAUUUCCCGAUUUCAAAGGUCAUGGUACAAGCUUGAGAUCUCAGAGAAUGAAACUCCCAGUGUCUGUCGGUCAAAAGAAAUCGAAAGCAAUUGAAAGUUUGCUUCAUGAAUUAGGCUUAGAUCUUAAUCCGAUUCCAACGGAAGAGAUUUGUCAGCACUUUAAUGAAUUAAGAAGCGACAUGGUAUUGUUGUACGAAUUAAAAGCUGCCUUAGCUAACUGCGAGUUUGAACUUCAAUCGUUGAGACAUCAAUAUGAAGCUCUAAAUCCAGGAAAGACAGGAGCAUAG